AUGAUAAAGCUGACCAGGGUUGCCGGGUUCGUCUGUAGUAUAACGCACGAGACCAGGGAGAUCGUGCACCUUCGCAGCUAUUCUAUACGCAAUAAGCCUGGAAUUCCGGCCACCAUCAGCCAGGCCGCCUACGCAACCUCCGCCGCCACGACCUUCUUCAAGCCGGUAUCUAUCGAGGCCCGCAAAUUCGCGGAUGACGCGCUUAGGGCUAAUAACCCUAUGGAUGAAGUAGAAGACGAAGCGUCUGAUAUCUAG